AUGACUACGCCGAUAUCAAAGACAGAGCGCAGCGAGCCUCAUCUCAUCAGCGGCGACGAUGAAAAGACCGGAUCGCGUUCAGAUACACCGACCUUGAACGAACCCACUCAAGACGAGAAGCCGAAGAAAUCAGAAGAUGGCGAUGGCGAUGGCGAACUCACAACAGAGGAGGAGGAAACCGAAUGGAUAUCGGGAUGGAAGCUUGCAAGCAUGAUGAUAUCUCUUACGCUUGCUGCAUUCUUGAUGCUGCUGGAUAUGUCCAUCAUCUCAACGGCUGUUCCACGCAUAACUUCGGACUUUCAUUCUUUACCAGACAUAGGAUGGUAUGCCAGUGCAUACAACCUUGCUAGUGCUGCCCUACAACCACUUACCGGCAAAAUAUACAUGUACUUCAACACAAGAUGGACUUUCUUAGCGCUGUUCUUCGUGUUCGAAGUUGGCAGUCUUAUUUGCGGCGUAGCCCAGUCGUCUACUAUGUUGAUUAUUGGCCGAGCCGUUGCUGGAAUAGGCUCUUCUGGUAUCCAAAAUGGUGCUCUUACUAUGAUUGCGAAGGCGGUUCCUAUUCAUAGGCGUCCGUCCCUCGUCGGUAUCAUCAUGGGGUUUGCUCAGCUAGGAAUCAUCAGUGGCCCUUUGGUAGGAGGCGCUUUUACUGAGUAUAGCACUUGGCGAUGGUGCUUUUACAUCAACCUUCCCAUCGGCGCCAUCUGCGCGGUUCUGAUUCUGUUCGUCCAUAUGCCUGAUCAUCGAGCCAAUAGAGAUGAAAGCGCUAUGCAGAUUCUGAAAACGAAACUCGACUUCACCGGCUUCGUCUUGUUCUGCCCUAGCAUAGUGAUGUUGCUUCUGGCCCUUCAAUGGGGAGGUCUUGAGUAUCCUUGGGACUCUGCAACUGUCAUUGGACUCUUUUGUGGCGGCGGUGUUCUUUUCAUCAUCUUUAUAUACUGGGAGCAUCGCGUUGGCUCAGAGGCCAUGAUUCCUCUCCCAAUUGUACGCACAAGAGAGGUCUGGGCUUCGUGUCUGUCACAGUCUUUUCUGUUUUCUACGGUGAUGGUGGCAUCGUACUAUUUUCCUGUCUAUUUCCAAUCGGCCAAAAAUGCUUCACCUUUCACUAGUGGUGUCAAUCUUCUGCCCAGCAUUCUCAGCGUUAUCUUUGCAGCUGUCGCAAGUGGCGCUCUUGCUCAAAGAGUUGGCUACUACCUUCCAUUCGCCACAGCCAGCGGUGUUCUCUCUUCUAUCGGCUUUGGUCUGGCUUCUUCCAUGGGCCCCUACGCUUCCACAGCUACAUGGGCCGGUUAUCAGAUCUUGCUAGGUCUUGGUCGUGGUCUCGGCUUACAGAUGCCCAUUAUCGCCAUCCAGGCGAACACAAGUGCUGAUGUUACUCCUAUAGCCAUGGCAAUCUUGACUUUCUCGCAGACUUUUGGCAGUGCCAUCUUUAUCACAGCUGCCAAUGUCAUUUUCACUCAUGAGCUUCGCAAUGAGCUUGUCAGAAGACUUCCCGAUAUCAACGCUGACAUGAUCAUCGAUGCCGGUGCUGGAGCAGUCAGUGACGUUGUAUCCGGAGCGGAUUUGCCUCAGGUCUUGUGGUCAUACUCCAGAGGUGUACGUGCGACGUUUCUGCUUGCUGUAGGCACGUCUUGUGCCAUGGUUCUUACAUCUUUUGGAAUGGGAUGGAAGGAUAUUAGGAAGAAGCCCGCCCCUUCCCCUGUCUCCGAUGAAGCUUGA